GAUCAACAUUAACUCCUGGAGGAUCAAGACCCGGUUCCAGACCAGGAUCAAGGGCAGGAUCUAAACCACCAUCUAGGCACGGAUCAAAUCUUUCUUUAGAUAGCACCGACGAUGUUUCAACGCCAUCUCGCAUUCCGAUGCGUAAAGUGACUAACACAAGGGCGUCAGUAGCCCGCGCGGCCGCCACUGCCAGCAAGCUCGGCGCCAGCACGCCCAAUGGGGGCUCCCGGCCCAGGACACCCACUGGACUGCUCACCCCGGCUAGUGGAAGGUUUACAAGUGGAGGGAUAUACCGCACUUCCAGUAUACCGACACUGUCCCCGGUGCCGGCGCUCGUGAGGAGCGGCUCGUUUGCCUUCGCCGAGGGACAAACGCCCGGCCGAAGUCGCAUACCGGUUCUAAAGGACCAGCACACUAACAGUAACCUUACUAGGCAAAGGACGCCUUCGGGCAGCAGCACGCCGGUGCGUCCGGGCCAGCAGACCGCCACCUCGCGACUGCUCAGAAAGAAGUCAGACGCGUCAGAUAGCGGAGCUCCUACUACGCCUCUGACACGACGCGGGACUCCGGCGAAUCGAACUACGGAAAAACGCGAACCAUUCCGACUGUAAACGAAUUUUGACUCGACUAAUCGACAAAAUUGGGUAGUUAUUUCUCAAUUUUGUCGCUUAUCGAUAUUAUACUGUGUUAUGACAGACGCUUUGAUACAGAGUUAAUAUAUUUCAAAUGAUUAUUUGCGUUUUUAAACAAUAUAUUAGCCAGAUAUAAAAUUUGCAUAUUAAAAAAAUUAGAAAAACCACAAAAAUAAAGUAUCAAAGGGUCUAGCUUAGUACAUUAAGUGCCGAUAUGUCUAUUGGAUUAUACUAACAUUAAAAUUAACCUGUUCGCGAAUGAAGCAAAGCUUUUAAAGAAUUUGCGAAUGUGGCUUUUAAAUAGGAACAACGAUGAUAGUAGUGAACAUAAAGUCUGCACUCGUUGCCUUGUACUGCUUUUCUACAAUCCAUGCAAAUUACGUUUUACUUAUUUGUAUUGCCAGUAUUUAUUCUCUGUAGAAUCCAAAACGACAUUUUCUUUCGUACAUUGCCUUGUGAAUACGUUAUUCUUAUUUAUUGUCGACGUUGCCAUAAUUGUUAGUGUAUUUUUUUGUAUGUUAAAUACGUAUAGAGUCUCUCUGAGGCCGCAGGAGUGAGAGUUGAAAAGAAUUCUUUGUAUUUAUUUCUUUAGGGACCAUUUUGUUUACGGAAUAUUGACUAUACUCGAUCACCGUCCACGGGUUUCCUUCUCGCGGACGUCGCGGUAGUUUCGCCAGACUACUGUGUCGUUGCAGGCUGGAAAUCGGUCGUUGGUGAUCCUUUAACGUGAUAAUAGGUAUAUUAAUUCAUUUUUUUGCACAAUCAUGGUUCUUUUGUCGUUUUUUUGUGUUCAAAUGAAUGCUGUUUUAAUUUGACAAUUGUCAUUUUAGGUAUAUAUACUUUCGUAUGUGAUUUAUUUAUACUACGAUUUCUGCACAAUGUUUUGUAUGUGAGUAGGUGGUGUAGCGGGAGAUGGAGGUGUGUAGAGACUGUCGCCAGAGUCUCGUCACGCCGACAUCGACCUGCUUCUAAGUAAAAAAUUCCAUAGCGGACUUUAAUUUUAAGAGAAGUAACUAAAGUACACUUGUCGAAAAAAGACAUUUCCUUAAUAAAGCUUAGAAUACUUUUAAUAUAUAAAAUAAAGAACGCUUAAAAUGUAACCUUCCUUCAUUUAUAAAUGUUAACCAACACUCACAUUUAUUUGUUAAUUUAAUUAUAAAUCUGACUUUACGAUUAAAAUCUUAUUAUUAUUAGUAACUAUUGUAAAACUAUUAAUCUGGUCAUUUUUAUUUAAAUCAUUGUUGUAUUUGUUAAAUAUAAAAUGAAAGCAAAUUUACUAAGCUUGCAAUAUUUUUUGUAUAAAAUAAUGAUUCUUAAGAGCAACAGUUUUAAAAAUCUCAUUAUUGAUUUCAGAAUAAACAAAUAACAAUUA